UGCGCAGGCGCGUAUUUGUGGCGUGCCGCACGACAUCGUGCAAGUGUGUUCGUCGUCUUCGCCGCACCGACACACUCUAAACAUGUCUAGAGUUUACAUCGGAAGACUGAGCUACCGGGCCAGGGAAAAGGAUGUCGAGAAGUUCUUCAAGGGAUACGGAAAGAUACUCGAAGUGGACUUGAAAAACGGUUAUGGAUUCGUUGAGUUUGACGACCCCCGCGAUGCGGAUGACGCGGUGUACGACCUGAACGGGAAGGACCUGUGUGGUGAGAGGGUUAUUGUUGAGCACACCAAAGGACCUCGCCGGGAUGGGAGCUAUGGCGGCGGAAGAAGUGGAGGCGGCGGCGGCGACCGAGGAGGCGGCGGUGGCGACCGAGGGGGUGGUGGUGGUGGUGGUGGUGGUGGAGGAGGAGGCGGGGGUGGAGGAGGCUAUGGCCGCGGUGGAAGAGACCGAUACGGUCCACCGACCCGUACCGACUACCGCCUCAUUGUGGAGAACCUCUCUAGCCGUUGCAGCUGGCAGGACCUCAAGGACUACAUGAGGCAGGCCGGAGAGGUGACGUACGCCGACACCAACCGAGGCCGCAAGAACGAGGGCGUGAUCGAGUUCCGCCUGUACGCCGACAUGAAGAGGGCCCUGGAGAAGCUGGACGGCACCGAGGUCAACGGGCGUAAGAUCAGGCUGAUCGAAGACCGGCCCGGCGCCCGGCGCCGCCGCUCCUACUCCCGGAGCCGCUCCAGGUCUCGCUCCAGGAGCCGUCGGUCCCGCAAGAGCCGCAGCCGCAGCGACAGCAGCAGCCGCAGCCGCUCCCGCUCCAGGGCCGCGUCCCACUCCCGAAGCCGCUCCCGCAGCAAGAAGAACAAGGACAAGAAGGAGGAGGAGCGCACCAACGGCUCGCACAAGAAGGACGCCCGCAGCCGCAGCCGGAGCCGCAGCCCCAAGAACAAGGAGCGCAGCCGCAGCCGCAGCGUCAAGAACAAGGAGAGGAGCCGCAGCCGCAGCGUCAAGAAGGAGGCGCGUAGCCGCAGCCGCAGCCUGAAGAACAAGGAGGCGCGCAGCACCAGCCGCAGCCGCAGCCCCCGCAGCAAGAAGGCCAAGAAGGAGGUGAAGAAGGGCCGCAAGGACGAGUCCCGCUCCAGGUCCCGCUCCCGCUCCCGCUCCGACGUCAAGGACCGCAGCAGGAAGUCGGGCUCCAAGGGGCGCGAGGAGGAGGGGGGGGCCGCGCCGCGGAGGGUCUCCCGUUCGCGCUCCCGGAGCCCCGUGGAGCCCAAGCAGAGGGCCCGCUCCAAGUCCAAGUCCAAGUCCCGCUCGCCCACCCCCGCCAAAGCCCGGUCCGCCUCGCGCUCCCUGUCCCCGUCCAAAUCCCGCUCGCCGUCCCGCUCCCGUUCCCGGUCCUAGUCCCGUCACGGUGCUGUCUGCUACGAGCCCCUUACCGAGUCGUCGUCGUCCCCCCCCACCCUCCCUGUCUACAUUCCCCUGCUCCCCCCCCCCCCGUCUCUCUCCCGAUCGUUUUUUAAUGACUAGCUGUAGAACCCUGGCCACUCCGUCUCAAUGUGACCCCUCUGGACAUGCUUCAGUUUUUUUUUUUUGACUUAAUGUGGAUAUUUUUUCAGAUAGUCUCUCCAAGGGGGUGUUUGCAAAGUAAUGGGGGUUGAAAGCCUAGUUUUAUGCGUUUUUAAGUGGAUUAAAUGUGCUAGGGCAGUUUUAUCACAGGUUUGCAUUGUUCCAGUAAUGUGCUGGGUCAGGCGUUUUUUGUUUUUUUUCUUCUGUGACUUCAAGCCGUUUAGAAAACUUUUUUUUGUUUCCUUUCAGAAUAAAAAACUAAAACAUUA